CAUGGGGGGAGUCCGUAAAUUCUUCAUUGAGUCAAAAUUUUUUCAUUUAGUUUUAGAGGAAGGGGGUCGUUAUUUCAUGUUAAGGAUUUUCGAGAGGGGCAAAUUCUUUAUGAGAUCAGUCUUUAUGGGUAGGAAUGCAGCACAAUGGCUGAUGUCUAGCAUAGAACACCUUGUUAUUGGGGUGAGUUCCAAACAGUUUUUUAUCUUUAGAGAAGGUGACACAGCUUUUACUCUCCAAUGGAGUUACAACUCUGCUGGUCAGUUCUUGCUGUUGACUGAGCUCAAAGCUGGUGGGUCUAGGAGGUCGAUUAUCAUUCCGGAAGGCAAAGAGAGUCUUGGUUGGAGGGCUUUUGGCCUUGAACUUAGAAAACUACUGAACCCUUCUCAAUAUGCAGUGGGAGGAAAUGGAUUUCCCAAAUUCAUUCCUCAGGUGCGUAGGUCUAACUUGGAGGCUGUAGGUUCUAGAACUUUUGCUGAAGUUGUGCAAGGUUUACAUGGAAGAAUAGAGGAAAGGAAGCAACCAAAGCAACUAGGAACCAUUGCCAAAAGGAAGUUACCACAGAUAGGGGAGGAGAAGAUGGGAGCGAAUCUGAGAAUCUCUGGUGUUAAAGAGGGGGAUUUACCGGUGGUGAAAUAUGACAGGAUGGAGGUGGUGGGAGGAGCUAGGAGGGAGCUUUGCUCUCAUGAGGUGGCAGAGGUUGGUGAGCAAAACCUGGCAGACACUAGGCUACGUUUCCCUAGUUUUAAUUUGAAUUCAAAAGAUUUUGUUAUGGGGAAGAAGAGUGAUGCUAGGAAAUCCUGCUGGUCUGGAAGAGGUCUUGUCGUGGAGGUUGAUGUGAUGGGGAGGAGACGGGUUUUCUGGGAUAGAAAGAAAGGGGGAGAUACGAAGUGCAGAGGGGACUCACGUGAAUCUGGAAGAGAGACUUCUAAGGCUUUUAAAUGGAUUCAACGGAACUCUAAUCAGGCUGUAGUUAAGCCUUUUAUGGGCCUUGGAACAAGCCCAGUCACUAGAGAUGGUCUUUUUUCAGGCCCAAGUUUUGUUGAAGUGGGAGAGAGCUCUUGGGCUGGUGAAGGAGCUUUAGCCCAAGUCCCGUUGGAAGCAGAGUUAGAGUCAGGGGUGUUGGGUCAGUGCACGUCGUCCUCCGUCAUGCCUUUGCUAGCUUCUGGUGAGGCCGAUGGCUUUACCGGUACUAGUUCCGGCGAGCCCACGCCGUUACAGGGAAAGGACGACGAUCCUUCCUGCGCCGGCACAUGCUCCGACGAGCUCGCGGUGGCUCAGGUGGUGGCCGAUGGUCCUUCCUGCGCCGGCACAUGCUCCGUAGAACUCACGGUGGCUCAGGUGGUGGCCGAUGCUCCUUUCUCCGCCGACGCAUGCUCCGACGAGCUCGCGGUGGCUCAGGUGGUGGCCGAUGGUCCUUCCUGCGCCGGCGCAUGCUCCGAAGAGCGCGCGGUGGCUCAGGUGACGGCCGGUGGCUUCUUCUCCGCCGGCACAUGCUCCGACGAGCUCGUGGUGGCCCAAGUAAAGGCCGACGGCCAUUUCUUCGCCGGAAUCAGCCCUGUCCUGCCUUCGUUUUUAAUGGGCAAGGCCGACGACUCCUUCCUUGUCGGAACUAGCUCCGAUGAGUCCACGUCGUCACUGGGUAAGUCUGAUAUCUUGCUUCCGUGGUCACCGGUUGAAGGUUUUUUACAAGGUGGCUUGGACAAUAGUGCUGUCCCGCCGAAAACGGCCCUUAUAUUUGAGCAACCCAGAUUAGCGGAGUUACCCACAAUGGCGUUGAGUGUUGUCCCUGGGGUGUGUUCUUUGGUGGAGGAAGGGGUGAAUUUUUCUGAUAUGGGUUUGGGUGGUGAAGUUAGUUCACCUAUUCCUCUGCUGGCUAUCACUCCCGGUGGGUUACCUCUGUCAGAUGAGCUGAACCGUGAUAACCAGGCAGUGGAGUGUGUGGAUACUCUGGAUACUUCUAGAUGGGUGAAGAAUAGGCUCCCUGGUUUUAGUAAAUUGGUGGGGCUGCCUUUGUGCCGUCAUGAAAAGUUAUGCAUUGCUUUGUUACAGAAGCUUGAGAGGGAGACGGAGGCUGCCAAAGUGCUAAACAGGAAAGUUACAGAAUCUAGAAAAGUGGUUAUCUAUAAGGACAAGGGAAAGAGAGAGCUGAGGAACUUGCAGUCUUCGGUUAACUACGAUGGUAGGUAGUGGCUGGUUGCUGAGAUUUUUUCAGCCGGGGACUUCAUGUCUUUAUGCAUUUAAAAAUUCUCUCUUGGAAUGUUAGGGGGCUGAAUGACUGUCGGAAACGUUUGGUAGUGAAGAAUUGUUUGCGUGAGUGGAAGUGUGAUGUAAUUUGCCUUCAAGAAACUAAGCUUUCUGGUAUGGAUAGACAGAUGGUAGGUAAUUUGUGGAGCUGUCCCUAUGUGGAUUGGGUGGCCUUGGAUGCUGUCCAGACGGCCGGAGGGGUUGUGAUGAUGUGGGAUAGAAGGGUUUUAGAGAGGACGGAGGUUUUGGUGGGCUCUUUCUCUGUGUCUAU